GAUAGACUACCUAUGCCGAAAACAGACUGGUCUGUUUGUUGCGUCGGGAGUCUAGUUCAUCAUCUUUUCAGCAAAGAGGGAACGAAAUACAUUCUGUGAUUCUGUCGUAAUUAGUGAUUCUAGAGAUUUCAUUAGGGAAACUAGCUAUCUAGCAAGCAAGCUAGAUAGCUGAGUCUCAAAAUAUACAGCCAUGGACGGGGAGGAGGACGAAUUCUUUUCCGGAAACCACUCGGAUGACGGCGGUGGCACCCCGGUACAGGACGAAAAUGCUCCAGCAUCUGAUGGGGAAGAGGAGGCUAGAAGCGAAGCUCAGCACUCCGAGGAAGGGGCGAGCGAUGGUGAGGGAGAGGCUCGAGCGGGGCAGGCCAACGGCAUCGGUAGUGCCUCCGAGAACGAAGACGCUGCUGCCGCGGGAGACAGCGACUCAGAAAAAGAUGGCGGGCGCGACAGCGACUCGGAGCAGGAAGCUCCAAAACCCGCGGACAGCGAUGCAGAGGAGGACGGAGCACCCAAGAACAGGGGGAGCACCUCUGAGAACGAGGAACAGCCCAAACCUCACAGAGGACACUCUGACGCGGGCAGUGACUCUGAGAACGAGGCGCCCAAACACAGGAGACAGAUAGAAUCGGACGAGGAGGAGGGCGAGCAGGAGAAAGACCAGGGCAACUGGAAGGGAGUGAUGCACUCUGACAGCGAGGAGGAGGGAGGCCCAGCGCAGCCUGCGGGCAGUGACCAGGAGCAGGAGAGCGGGAAGCGCCAGCAGCUGGACGAUAGUGAUGAAGACGAGGAUAAACCAGUGAAGAGGAAGAAGGCUAUUGUCUCAGACAGUGAGGAUGAGGAUGACAAGGAGGAAAAACCAGUGACAAAGAAGAGCCGUGCUCUGGCAGAAAACUCGGACAGCGAUGCUGCCUCUGAUUCUCCUGACAAAUCAAUGGCUGCCAAACUACGGGAGUUAGGGUCAGACAGCGAGGAAGAGGAGGACAGAAGGAAGGACGAAGGAGGGAAGAAGGAUGAAAAGAACUUGUUUGGCAGUGACAGCGACUCUGAUGAUGAAGAGGAGAAGAUGAUUGCAGAUAUAUUCGGCGAGUCCGGAGAUGAGGAGGAGGAAGAGUUCACGGGUUUCAAUCAGGAAGACCUGGAAGGAGAGAAGAGCCAAUCAGAGGCCUCCAACAAGAAGGCCAUCGCGGAGGAAUCGGACUCGGACGAUGACUUGGAAAGGGGAGGAAAAGAUCCCAGUUUCAUGUCAGACUUCGAUGUGAUGCUGGCGCGGAAGAAGGCCCAGAGCGGGAGGCGGCGACGGAACCGUGAUGGCGGAACCUUCAUCAGCGAUGCGGAUGACGUGGUCAGUGCUAUGAUCACCAAGAUGACCGAGGCAGCAGAGGAGGACAGAACGCUGAACAGUCAGAAGAAGCCGGCAUUGAAAAAGCUGACACUUCUGCCUACUGUUGUCAUGCACCUGAAGAAGCAGGAUCUGAAGGAGACAUUUAUAGACAGCGGAGUGAUGACGGCCAUAAAAGAGUGGAUCAGCCCUCUGCCGGACAAGAGUCUCCCAGCCCUCAAGAUCCGCGAGGAGCUCCUCAGGAUUCUACAGGAGUUGCCCAGUGUGAGCCAGGAGACCCUGAAGCACAGUGGCAUCGGACGGGCCGUCAUGUUCCUGUACAAACACCCCAAAGAAUCCCGCAGCAACAAAGAUCUCGCCCUCAAACUCAUCAAUGAAUGGUCGCGGCCCAUCUUCGGCUUGACCUCCAACUACAAGGGCAUGACCCGAGAGGAGCGACAACAGAGAGACCUGGACCAGCAGAUGCCCCCCCGCCGCCGACUAAGCGAGCAGCCCAAGGUGGAGAGGUCAGAGGAGCCCGACGUCUUCUCCCCUCCCACCAGCUCCGGAGGGCAGACCCCACGCAGAGACCUGGAGAAGGUGCUGACGGGGGAGGAGAAGGCACUCCGCCCCGGCGACCCCGGGUUCUGCGCCCGUGCCAGGGUGCCCAUGCCAUCCAACAAGGACUAUGUGGUUCGGCCCAAGUGGAAUGUGGACGUGGAGACUAACAGGGGUCCAAUGAAGAAGGGCCUGUCUCGGGUGGACAAGCAGAUGCGACGCUUUGCUGACAUCAGGCGGCUGACAAAAACUGGCCACGCCGUCAAGAUCAGUGUGGAGGGGAACCGCAUGCCACUCUGAUUUUAAAGUGUUUUUUUUUUUUGUUUGUUUAGUUUUUUUAUCUUAUCUACAUAGUUUCCAAUGCCCACCACCCCACCCCAUCCCACCCCCACACCUGACCCUA